CUUCCUGUCUGCUAUUUCCCGUCUGUAAACAGUUCUGGGAAGACAGGAUCCAGAGACGAGUUUGCAUAAAAGGAGGAAAGGCAGACCAGCUUGAGUGCCGAGAAAUGAAGUGGCUGGGGAGAAGUUAUCUGGAGCUGAGUGCGAUUAUUUAACCGCCUCUGGGGAAAAGAAAGAAACCACAGCCGGAGAGAGAUUUUUAUUUUUUUAUUUUACUUUCACUUUUGGAGCUAGCGAUCGUCGAGCUGUGACUGCUUCGUUUGACGGGACUCAGAUAUUCAGGGACAGGCCUGGCAAGUUUGGUCUCGUUUGGCUGAAGGCCCAGAGGGCAAAGGCAGUGGGAGCAGUGGGAACUUCAGAAUGCAAUGUGCUCGGUGCUGGGAAUAUGGAGUCCAGAAAUCCUGGAUCUAUAGGAACCGAAGGGAGGUAAACACAAGGUUGCAGUUAACUACAGGGUAAUGACCUUCGUCUGCCUCGUUACUGGAUGAAAUUGGAACCCUCCUUCUUUCAGCACCAUGCAUCUGAGCUUCUGCAUCUUCCUCGCAACACAGCUGCUUCUCUACCAGGAAGUCUCCUCCUGUACUGAUUCAGAGUAUAAUAUCCGUGGUGAAUGUUGCCCCAAGUGUAAUCCAGGAUACAAAGUCGAGAGAUACUGCACUUCUACUUCCAGUACAAUAUGUGUUCCUUGUACUUUGAGGACGUACAUGGAAUGGUCAAAUGCACUGGCAUGGUGCCUUAAAUGUAAAGAAUGUAAAUCAGGAGCCCAUCUAAGAGUUAAAGAAGAAUGCACGUAUACGAAGAACACAGUCUGCUCUUGCAAGCCUGGCUAUUAUUGCACUCAGUUCAUCAACCAUGACUGCGAACAGUGCUCAAAGCACACCAUUUCUCCACCUGGUUUUAAGGUGACACAGCCAGGCACAGAAACCAAUGACACCCGGUUCGUACCCUGUCCUCCUGGGACCUAUUCAGAGACCGAGAUGUCCACCUCCUGUGAACCUUGGACUAAUUGGCAGUAAGGCAGGCAUGAUAGAAGAACAAGCAGGCACAGCAGUUUCCAAUGCAGUUUGUGCAUAUGUCAGAUGGAAACAUGUGGCUACUGCCAUCAGUUUUCUGCUGGUUUUUGCCUUAAUAUGUGGCUUCAUAAUAUGGCAAUUGAGGAAGCGCAUCAAAAAACAAUUAAAAUUGGAGGUUGUCUUUUACACGGAAAGUGCUCCCAGAGAAAAGGAGGAACAACGAAAUGGAGUUUAUCUCCCUGUUCAAAAGACUGACAACAAUAUGGUGGCACCUAUGCAGGAAACAGGACAACACCCUGGAGAACCAGCAUUCACAAUGGCAUGAGUGACCAGAAUUUUUGGUGCAGAAAACCCUGGUGCACAUUGCAAGCAACAGCCGUGGGCAUAUGCACUGGAUGAACUUUUAGAGAGGGGGAAACACAUUAGUUCAAUAGAAAACAGGAGGUGGCUAUUUUCCUCUCUGAGCUUCUCAUCUUCCAUCUUGAAGAAGCAAGUUUCAGUGACGAAAGUGGAAGAUGUGGAAAUCUUCACUGAAGGACAGAUCAAGGCUGAAGAGUGAACAUAUCUAGUGGAAAAGGAGAAGACCAUCGAACUAUGAAAUUCAUACCAGAAGAUAUAGUGAUGGCCACCAACUUGGAUGACUUUAAAAGACAAAUUCAUGAAGGAAUUGGAUAUGUAUGCACACUAUUCAGGUCCUUCUUAGUAGUGGCGCCCUCCCAUCAGAUGUCAAGGAAAUAAGCAACUAUCCUAUUUUU